UGCCGGGCUGUUCUGGCUGCAAGGGGCCCUCAGCCGCCGGCCCUGCCCGCCGCGGCAGCGGAGCGGCUGUAGCGGCGCUGCCCAGGGAAGGAAGGAGUCCCACCCCGCCGCUCUCCCGUGGGGCGUUGUGAGAUGUCACGGCCCACAAAGCGCUCGCCUUUCAGCCCAGAAAUGCGUAACUAGCACCAGGAAGGAAGAAGGGAUGGGAAUCUACUGAGGAGACACCAGGAGAGCUGCUGGUGGUGGUGCCUUAACGAUGCCAAGUCCGGAGGAACUGGAAGGCUUGGCGUGUUACGGAAGAAGCGUUCGCCUUCCUGGUGCUGUUUCAGGUUGGUGUUUUAGAAAGCCGACGGUCCGCGCUCUGCGGGGAAAUACAGAAACUAGAUACUGCCAUCUGAGAGAAUGGAAUAGGAACAUCAAGCAAACAGAUUUGUAUCUUUGAGGUAAUGCCUUACGUGGUUUGAAGAUCUGAGAGGGCUUUCUGUUUGCGUGAGGCAUAAAAGAAAAUGGAAGAAGAUGAGACUUUACAAGGGGAAAGGGAGAGGGCGGAAGGUGAAACAGGUGCUACUGCUGACGUGAGUGGGCAGAUCUCAGUCAGUGAGUUCCUUUGCCACUGCUGUUACGACAUCCUGGUCGAUCCCACCACCCUGAACUGUGGCCACAGUUUCUGUAGGCAUUGCCUGGCCUUGUGGUGGGCGUCGUCCAAGAAGAACGAGUGCCCCGAAUGCAGAGUAAAAUGGGAAGGGUUCCCCAAAGUCAACAUCCUGCUCAGGGAUGUUAUUGAAAAGCUAUUUUCUGAUGCCACUGAACAAAGAAAAGAAGAUAUUCAACAAAACAGUGAUGUAGCACGCAGCUUAGCAGCCUUCCAAAAAUAUGGGAAUGACCAGAUCCCUACAGUUCCGAACACAGGAAGAUUUAAUCCUCGAGGAGGAGGGUUUUUCUCAGGCGUUCUGACAGCUUUAACUUGUGUAGCAGUAGUUCUACUGGGCUAUCACUGGAGUAGCAGAGAAUUUGAAGAAGAUCAUCUUGUCCACAAGCCUGUUGCUAGAUGGACUGCUGAGGAAGUGAUCCUCUGGCUGGAGCAGCUGGGCCCAUGGGCUUCACAUUACAAAGAAAGGUUUUUACUGGAGAAAGUGAAUGGAAGGCUGCUCCUCACACUGACAGAGGAGGAUUUCACCAAAGAGCCUUACAGUAUAGAGAACAGCAACCACAGGAAAGCCAUCAUGGCAGAACUGGAAUGUGUGAAAGCUUUAGGUGUUAAACCACCACAGAACCUUUGGGAAUAUAAGGCUGUAAAUCCAGGAAAAUCCCUCUUUCUUCUGUAUGCCCUGAAGAGCUCUCCAAGACUCAGUAUGUUAUACCUGUAUUUGUUUGAUUAUGCAGAAGCUUUCCUACCUUUCAUCCACACAAUUUGUCCUAUGCAAGAAGACAAACAUGAAGAUGUUUUCACAAAACUGCUGGACCUUAAAGAUCCUUCAUGGAAACAAUGGAGAGAAUUCAUUGUAAAAUAUUUAUUUUUGCCAUACCAGUUGAUAGCUGAAUUUGCUUGGGAUUGGCUGGAUGUGCACUACUGGACAUCAAGAUUUAUAAUUGUGAAUGCUAUGUUGCUCUCUGUUCUGGAAUUAUUCUCCUUCUGGAGGCUCUGGUCAAGAAGAGAACUGAAGACUAUUCCUCACAGAAUGUGGAGACAUUUCUGGAAAGUCUCAACCCAGGGUCUUUUUGUUGCCAUUUUUUGGCCUUUUAUUCCUCAGUUUGUCUGCAAUUGUUUGUUUUACUGGGCCUUGUAUUUUAACCCGAUCAUAAACAUUGAUCUUGUGGUUACAGAGCUGCGGCGUCUGGAGACACAAGUGCAGUGAUUGCCUUUGCAACUUUUGGGCUCUUUAGCUUCUAAAAAUGGACAUUUGAAAUAAGCUUUGCUUUUUUUUUGUGUAUGUGGCAGCAAAAGUGGUGGAUUGUGUUAAUUUAAACAUACAAAAAAGCCUUAAGGUAAGUUACUCUUAAACCAGUUGAUUCCAAAUUGGAGGAUGGGCUCUAGUAUCCAAAAGGAAUUUUCCA